GAGACGCGUUCAGACACAGUGGGAUUUAAUAUUGCGGCGAGAAAAGCACUUAAACCGCUUCUCAAGUUUAACAUUAGUUGGUUUUCUUUCGUUGUCGCUCGUUUUCGGUUCUUGACAAUGCCGUUUCUUGGACAAGACUGGCGGUCUCCUGGUCAAAGCUGGGUUAAAACAGAGGACGGCUGGAAAAAAACGACGAAAGAUGACAACGAGACGAAUAACAAUGUUUUGGAGAGGAAGAGCUACUGCAAGGAAGAGCAUGACAAAGAGAAUUUGAUCCUCAGCAUUAAUUAUGAUGUGGCUGCAAAGAAGCGAAAGAAGGACUUGCUGAACAACAACACAAAAAUUCCAUAUUUUUAUAAAGACAAAUGGAUUUAUGUCCAUAAAGGGAGCACCAAAGAGCGUCAUGGAUAUUGUACUCUGGGAGAAGCAUUCAAUCGCUUGGACUUCUGCAGUGCCAUCAAGGACACCAGGCGAUUUAAUUAUGUCGUAAGGCUGCUGGAGCUCAUCGCCAAGUCCCAACUGCCUUCUCUGAGUGGAGUGGCACAGAAAAACUACAUGAACAUUCUGGAAAGGGUUGUGCAGAAAGUUCUCGAUGAUCAGCAAAAUGUCCGGCCGAUUAAAGAACUUCUGCAGACACUGUAUGCGUCUCUGUGCAGUCUGGUUCAGGACAUGGGCAAGUCUGUGCUGGUGGGCAACAUCAACAUCUGGGUGCAUCGCAUGGAGAACAUACUGCAGUGGCAGCAGCAGCUAGACAACAUUCAGAUCAACAGGCCCAAAAACACAGGGAUGACGUUGCUGGAACUGCCAGUGAGUUUACAGCUCAACAUCAUGCAGCGUCUCUCGGAUGGACGAGAUCUGGUCAGUCUGGGUCAAGUGUGUCCUGACCUGAGUAUGUUGACAGAAGAUCGGCUGCUGUGGAAAAAGCUCUGCCAGUAUCACUUCACAGACAGACAGAUCCGCAAGCGCCUCAUGGUUUCAGAUAAAGGGCAGUUGGAAUGGAAAAAGAUGUAUUUUAAGCUGUGUCGGUGUUACCCUCACAAAGAGCAGUACAGCGACACAUUACAGUUCUGCACACACUGCCACAUCCUCUUCUGGAAGGAUACAGACCAUCCUUGCACUGCCAAUAACCCAGAGAGCUGUUGCAAAGCAGUGUCUCCACAGGGUUUCAUCAACCUCUUCAAGUUUUAGCAGCGCUGCAUUGCUGCCAUGAUGUACAUAGUGUCAAUAGUGCAAAGAUUCCUGGAUGACUUGAGGCAGGGAGAAGACGACUUGCAUUAAAAGCAGAUGCCUGUGUUACGUGGAGGAGUUUGGAAACUGAAUGUACUCAAAUAUGCACGACGAAAAACCAAAAAGCUGCGUUGGGGAAAACAUGCUCUGUUUAUUUAAAAAGAUUGUUUUAUUUAUUUAUUUAGCAUGGAUCUUGUUUACUCUAAAUUGAAGAUUUGGAAAAAAGGAGUAAUAUGUGCAUACAACAAAAAAUGCUGCCCUGGUCUCUUCUGUGAAUGUAAAAUAGGUUCGAUAUUUGUCAGCGCGAGCGAUUUUUCUUUGUUUGAACUUCAGAUAGCAUAUUGGUGCUUCAGCAAGUGCAUGAUAUGGGAAUGUUUACCAAAAUGGCCUUAAUACUGGUGUGCAAUACUUUUCUAAGGAAGUCUCCUGUUUUUGUUUUUCACUUUUUUAUACAUUUGAUAUUUUCAGUGGUUUGCGAUUUAAACAUGCUUGGGGUUUUUUUUUUAAACACAAUAAAAACAGAAG